AUGGUCACGCACAACGCUUCUGUAUGUAGUCAUUCCCAAGAGUUUCCCAAGAAAUGUGGAAACAACCAGCUUGUCCAUUCCAGAGACGAGGUCACACUCUUGGUGGACCUGUUUCGUCAGAAAGUAGCAACUCUGAAACAGAAGAAGGUAUGGUCAGAGUUACCCCCUUCUCCUCGGUGUACAGGCAAGGAAAAGAAAGCAUUGGACAUGUGCAAUGAUACAGCUGCCUGCAAACACCCACUUCCGGCGGCUGACAGCCAAGAAAACAUCCGCAAUAUUCUUACACCUGUAACCAAACUCAAAGAGGGGGCACUGGGAAGGAUAAAGGAUGUUUUCAACAUACAGGAGAGGAGGAAAUAUGCUUUUGUCACGGCAGCGUCAGCGGAUCACUUUGAUGAAUCCCAGGAGAUGAUCAUGACUCUGGACAAAUACAUUUUCCCUCAUUUGAGCAACUACUCCUUCUAUUAUUACGACAUGGGACUGAACAGAAGUCAGGUCAAACUGCUUCAGAAAUAUGGAAGGGCCGAGAUAAAACGGUACCCGUUUGAUUUGCUGCCUGAUCGGUUUUCCUACUUGAAGUGUUACACGUGGAAACCCGUCGUGAUACAGGCUCAUUUUGACAAUGCGGAGUACACAUUUUGGAUGGACGCCUCUGCACGAUUCGAUAAAGGCAACCUGCGUGAAAUGUUCGACUUGCUGAAAGUAACCGGUGUGCUUUUGUCACCAUGGCCAUACCCAUUUGCACAACAUUGUUCAAAGCACAUGUUUUCCUACUUCAACACUGAACCAUGCCACUUUUCAGUUUAUCACGAAUCUGAAGCCAAUGUGAUAAUGCUACACAACCAGCCAUUCACAAGACGUCUUAUAAUGGACCCGUGGGUGUCCUGCGCAGUGGACCCAAACUGUUUGUGUCACCCAGGCGCAACCAAAAUGUUCUGGUGUUCAUUUCGCAACAGGAAGUAUGGGAAAUGUCACCGGUAUGACCAAUCAGCCCUCAAUUUGAUUCUUCUACAGAUGUUCAGAAGGAAUAUAGAUUCCAUACAAUAUAAGAAAAAGAAAUACGCACAUGUCUCGCGGAAAAAAGGACGACUGUACCUCAAUGAAUUGAACAAUAAAUCACUAUGA